AUUAAGCCAAGCUAUAUCUGCCCUAUUGCUAUUGACAUUUGCUUGGCUUGCCUCAGCUUCAACUGCAUUCUUCUCUUCCCUAUUGAUGGAAUAGGAUUUCAUUAGGAACAGGUUUCUUAUCCUUAUUUAAUAACUUGGCAUUUGUUUAUUCAUUCUUCAGAGGAGGAUCAACCCUCAAGUUUAUCUCUUGCUCUCUAAAACAAAAUGGUAAGGUUCAUGACGUACGUCAUUUUGUGUCCCUAAUACAUGUUCAUAUUUUUUAAUAUAUUUGUCUAACAUUCUUACUUGUCAGUAUAAACGUGGAGGUCACAUGCGUGGUGCGGUAUCACAAAGAAGACCAGCCCCUUCCCCUUCCCCUUCCUCGUCCUCGUCCCCGGCCCUUUCCUCUUCUCCUGUCCUUUCAUCUAACCCUCAACCACUACAUGUUGAUGGACAACAUGGACACAUUGGCCCAUCCUCCGAACCUCAAGAACAUAUUAGGGGACAACUUGGAGACAUGCGAACUGAAUUUACUUGAGUUCCAUCUCCUUCGAUUGCAUGUCCUUCGGUUCCACCUUCUUCUUUAGUACAACACUCGAAUGUUGAAGAAGAUAGCCGAUUCAUGAUAUGGCCAUGUGGAGAUUCAUUCACGGAUGCCACCUAUGUUGUGAGGGAACUUAAUAAAAUAGUCAAUAACUGUUGGAUGGGGCAGUAUAUUAGUUUCAGCAGCGCUCCAAAAGAAGUAAAGAAUUUGUGGUGGAAUGAGUUCAAGCGGAAGUUCAGGUGGGAUGAAAUGGAAGAGAAUGAAGUUAGAAGAAUUUUUAAGAAGAAAGCCGGUGAUCACAUGCGAAAUGUGAUGAAUAAAGCAAAGAGAAAUCAACAAAAGCCGGAUUUUAUUAAAGCUGACAAUUGUAUGGAAAUUACGAGAACUUGGGAAACUGAGAAGCACAAGCAAAUAAGUGAACAGAAUAAGAAGAAUCGAGCUUCUAGUUCUAGUGAAUGGUCUGCGUCAGCCACAUAUGCUGGGGGCUCUAUCAACAUCGGGGAGCAUAGAAAAAGAAUGGCAGAUGAAUUGGGAACGGAACCGACAUUUACAGCUACAUUUAAACGCACAUUUCAGAAAAAAGACAAGAUGUGGACUGGCGAUCCAGCAAAAGCUAUUAAGGAAAAAUAUGAUGAACUUUUAAUGAGCACUGCUAGUAGUGGUGAUGGUGGUGAUGGUGGUGAUGGUGUUGCUGCGUCUGAGCCAUCGGUUGACAGUAUGGCAUUAUGGCUGGAGGCAUCGGGUGGGAUGAAAGGAGGAAAAAUAUUUGGGAUGGGAUCCUUGUCAAGGGCAUACACAACGAAGGCUGCUGCAACUUCAUCCUCCAAUGCGGCUAUUUCAAGGAGGACACAACAUGAGGAGCAAAUGACCCAAAAAUUGAGCCAACUGAAAGAUUUACUUGUACAAAAGGACGAAGAAUUCAAGCAUUUACUUGUACAGAAGGACGAAGAAAUGAGAGGAAUGAAACAACAAAUGCAAUUGAUCUUGCGACACCUCAACCUCGAUCACGAUGAGGUUCCUCCUGUACCUCCCACUAAUCCAAUAGGUGAUGGGCACAAUGAUGAGCCACACAAUGAUAAUGAGAUUGCUGCUGAUGAUGAUGAUGAUUUUAUUAGCAGUCCUUGCUAGUUCAUUCUCUUCGGGGGUAAGCUUAUGAGGACCAACUUACAACAAUUACU